AUGAAUUUCAAAGACAAAGAUGAGAGAAUUUCUUGUUUGGGCUACGUAACUUUGACAUCUAAGAGCUCAAGAUUUACUGAUGAAACAGAAAUUUUGAAGAUGUCUCAAAAACACUCAGGUCAAGCUGGCACUGAAGCAGGAAAUGGGGUGGACUCUCCUCCAAUUGUCAACUCCAAGUACUCCACCUUCAGAGAUUUUUGUUCCACAUCUUCAUUUCAAGAUAGUGGCUACAAUGAGUUAAAAUCUUGUAGCUUUGAUAAUAUAGAUAAAGGAUAUCUUGGAAAGAAAGAAAAAUGCCCAACAUUACUCCAUGAGCACCCUGAAACUUCAGGCCUGGGCUUAACUCAUUCUUUAGAGUCUCCCACUCAAAAAAAGAAAUUUAUCUUGCCUAGGAAGGAAAAUGAUAAAACCCCAGAACUUUGUGAAACACCUAAAAUCAGUGGGAAAAAAUGUUUACCUCGCAGAAGGUUGCAUGUAUCUUUCUCUCUUCUAAAGGGGGACUUUGAAUCACAAAACAGUGCUCUAGAAAGUAGUAUAAGCCAAGUUCUCAACUUAGAAAAAAAUAUUCCAAGCAGUGCUUCAGGUUUUUCCAGGGCAAAUAAUUUUAGCCCUUUAGUUACUAGCACUUUAAAAACAGAAGAAGUGACUUCAUGCAGUCAAAAAUUGAGGCUUAAUUUUUCUCAGCAAAAGACUUCCACAAUUGAUGAUUCCAAAGAUGAUUGUAGCCUAUUUGAAGUUGAAUGUAUAUCUCCAAUUCAGGGCAAUAAUUUUAAAGACUCUAUCACGCAUGACUUUAGUGAUAGCAGUUUAUGCAUUAAUGAUGAGAAUACAUGUCCAGAGCUCCUGGGCUCCUCUGUUAGUGGAACAACUUGUGGAACAGAUGAGGACAUAUUUGUGACUCCGAUAAGUAAUCUUGUGGCAAACAUUAGAUUUAAUGCAAGUCAAAUACUUUCUCCUUCACCUGAAGUGAGAGGCAAUAUUUCAACGCCUGAAGACAGUGGUUUUAACUCACUUAGCUUGGAGAAAUCAGAAGAUUCCCUCUCUGACCAGGAGGGUUCUUUUCAAGAACUACUUCAGAAACAUAAGGGGACUCCCAAAGUGGGGGACACCAUAAGAAAGACAAGACAUCUUGGAAGGUCGAGAAGACUGUCCACCCUUCGGGAGCAAAGCUCGCAGUCAGAGACAGAAGAGGAAAAGCAGAUUGUCCACCCUGACUCUGAAAAAAGAGCAGCAGCUGCUUCUGCCAUCUCAGAGGGUCAGCUGAGCGGUGAUGAGAGUGGGGAUUUGACCUUUAGCUUAAAGAAUUUAUCGAAGACCCCAGCCUUGCAAUUGGUGCAUGAGCUGUUCAUGAAAAGCAAAAGAAAAAGAUUCCAGGAAAAUAGUGCACAUGAAUUCUUAGAGCAAGGGGAUGGGGAGAAAAUAGCUGUGCUACAGUGUAUACUUGCAGGACUGAUUGGCAAGAAAAUGGGUAUAGAAAAACUGGACAUCUUAACAGAAUUAAAAUACAGAAAUUUAAAGCAUAUUCUUGCUAUGGUUUUAGAUUCCUUGACUGCAGAGAGCCUAUGCAGUGUUUGGAAAGUAAGCAGAAAUUGGCGUGAAAUUGUUGUUCAAGAUAAAAAUGCAAAUCGGAGGAGAAAAUUUUAUAUCACACAACUGAAAACAGAUUCCGAGGGGGCUGUAUUAAAUGUCGAGGAUGCUGCCACUCGGCUCCAGCUUUUAAAUCGCUCAGCUUUAAGAUCUGUGCAGGCACAGGCUAGGAUACCUGGUUCUCAGAGAGAGCAAGGGUCAACAUUAUCUCCCUGGGGAGAAGUUUUGACACCUCUAGCAAGCUCUUCUGUUACUCACUUAAGUAGUAAACAGGAAGAAUAUGUUAAGGUUGCCAAAACACUUUUUAUUGAUGAAGCAUUAAAACCUUGCCCAAGGUGCCAGUCCCCUGCUAAAUACCAGCCAUAUAAGAAAAGGGGACUGUGUAGCCGCACAGCCUGUGGUUUUGACUUUUGUGUGUUAUGUUUGUGUGCUUAUCAUGGGUCUGAAGAAUGUAGUAGAGGAGCAGCAAAGCCAAGAAAUAGAAAAGAUGCUCUCCCAGGAAGUGCCCAGAGUAAGCGGAAUUUAAAACGCCUCUGAAGAGACUAAAUAUAGAAGCACUCCCCCAUGCAGUGUUCUAUUUAUC